AUGUAUGUGAAAUGGUUUGAUACAGUAAUGUUAUACUAUACGAUUUUAGUGAAUGUCAUUUUUUGUCACUUUCAAAUUUCCCGCCGGUUCCGUCCCCCGUACGUCCCGACGUUGCAGGGGACAGAACCAGCCAGAAGACAGAUGCUGGCAUCCGCCGGAGGACAUUACAGGGGACACUGCAGGAGGGACAUUGCGGGAGCGCAGGACAAGGUAAGAGAAGAACAGAUCCGGAGCAGCGCCGCAUUGUAAGCCCGAGUGUAGCUCGGUGUUACCGCUUGUGCUACACUCGGGAAUACCGCCAGGGAGGCUAC